AUCUUUUUUACACACAUUUACCUGCAUCAUUUUCAAAAGACACAUCGGGAACUCUCUUAUCAGAAAAAAUCCAUUUGGUCAAUGGAUAGUGCACAAAUAGAUAGCGAAGUAGAUAAACAAUUAAAUAAGCGAACACCCAGUAGUAAUCGACCGUUGAACUCAUUUGACCUUUACUCUUCAAUGUUCAUUAAGUGAGGGACUUGUUUAAAGCGUUUGAAUGGACUUUUCUUGCUUUCACUUGAUACUUGCGCCCGAUCUAAGACAAAGAAAAAUGUUUUUGUUUAACAAUACAUUUAAAAAGAAAAAAUAUAUUUUGAUGCUUCAUCUUUAAAGCCAAAUUUGUCUCGGGGGUUGCACAGGAAAAUGCUGAUGUCACGAAGAACAGGAAGGGAUGAUGUCAUUUCGUCAAAACAAUGCAUGUGUGUCCUGUGCACUUAGUGGGAAUGAUUACUGCUGUGAUACACACAGAUGUCUCAUGUGAGCUAGUGUGAACGAGCGACGAGAGAUAGAGCCGUCCUCGGUGUGUGAUUUCUCGCUUUCUUGCUGUCUCUCUCCUCUGGUGUCUGUGAGACCGAGAGCAGAAACGCUAGGAGGCAAUGUUCUUUUUCAUCAAUGUCUACGGCUUUAUUUAGAAUAUGAUACAGUCACGCUAGUAUUUCUGUGCGCAGGAUGUGAAUGCGGUAUCUGCAUGGUGUGCAUAAAGAUGAUGUGCUCUGAACAACAGACACAACCGUACGGAAACCGUAUACAUGUUGAUUCCGCUGGCACUAUUAAAACCAUUGUGUGGUUUGUUUGAGCAUCCAGGCUGAUGAAAGCAGGUCAGAGCGGGUAAAAUUUAAUAUAGUAUUAAUUUGCAGUUCUGUUUAUUGAGUUAUUGCACUAGUCCUAUAAACAUUUAUAUUCGUAUGUGUGGAGAUUUCUCUUGAAUCUUGGCAUUGUGUUACCUGUAUUGUUGCUCCCGUGUGAUAAUUUUCCCCAUUUGUGAGUCGCUUUGGUUAAAGGGCUGGUGCAAUGGUGGUUCAUGCAUUCUGAGUUAUUUACAAUGUUAAACGUGCUGUCUUCUCAUGCUUAACAUGGUCAACUUGUCAAAAAACGAGUUUGACGUAUAAUGUAGUAUUUCUGUGCGCGAUACACUCCCCCAGCCUUCAUAUAGGUUGCAGAAGGUUUUUUUUCUAACAUGAAAAUCAGUUUCGUAACAACUUUUCUUAAUCCCUUAUUGGACAAUUCUCCCAGAGAAGCACGCCCACGCAUCAACCAGCGAGAGCGAGAAGAAAGAGCACGCCCACUCGUCAACCAGGGAGAGUGGGAGAAGAAGCAUGCGUACACGUCAACCAGCUGGAGCAAGAGAGAGAGAGCACUGCAUUCGCGAAGUUCAGCUGCGUUUGUUUACUGCAUUUGGGUGAGGAAUGUUAAACGGUGGAUAUAACGCUGGAUUUGGAGAUCGUUUGAAACUGACAGAUGGAGCAUCAGGACAUGAACCGUACACGAUCAUUAUUUCUUUCAUAACGCGCGGCACGCGUGUGGGAGAGAGAGAGGGGGGAGAAAGAGACGGAGAGAGACCCUCUGCGGCCGCUCGGCUGCUUGGAAGGAAGUUAUAAGCGUUGCUAUUUUCAGUGUGUGAACGAGCAGAGCUCAGACGGGCAGAUAGAGGCUGUCUCUCAGCGUUCAUUGAUGUUUGAGGGAAAACAAGGGAAUUCGUGGGAUGUGAGCGGAGAAUAAAAACGACGGAAUGGAUAUGAUUCUCAAGUAAACGACAGCAGUGCAGGAGGAGCAUGUUUAUGGAAUAACUCGAGACGUUGUCUUUGAUACGGAUGCACACACGUGCAGAGAGCAGAAUGGCAAGUUUCGGAAAACUUACGGAUUACUUUAACCGUCGGCGUUCCAGGGAUGAGCUCAUGGCUCGGAGAGAUGCCCGCCGCAGUGGCAGUUACUGCUGCACGGUCGCUGAGGCCAGGUCAUUGGAGAGACGGCUACAAAGGCCUAUUUUGGCCAAAUCUAGAACAUUACCCAGCAUUCCUCAGUCCCCUGCCGCGAUCCGUGGGCAUCAGCCAGAGAAUGUUUGUGUACAGCAACAGCGCGCACGUCUUCCGUCCAGCCCUGGUCCUGUCGAAGCCUGCACGCUGCCCUCCGCAGGUGAGAUGUGGCGUCUGGAGGAUGAAACUGAGGGGGGCGUCAUCACUGGAGCCGUCGAUCUCCGUCCACGCUCUCAGUCGCCGUUCUCACAUUUCCGUCGCCGGUCGGCGUAUCUAAGAAAGAGCAUGUCGGCGGAUGACCACCUGGACGAUUCUGUAUUUGAGCCCACCCAGACUGAGGGGCGGAGCCUAGCGGACCCAAAAGUUAAACUGAAGAGGAAGUUUAGUCUGGGCUCUAUAGACAGGAAGCGGUCCCGUCAGAGAAGUGAGUCUGGCAUUGUGAAGUUAACCCAGCGGCUCUCUUUGAAGGACAAGCACUGUAAGGACAGAAGUCUGCAGUCCAGACCUCCGGCCUACAGGAGGCGCUCUCUCAGCGUUGACUGGGCCGAAUCCAAAAUGACUCAACAGCUUCCAGACCCUCAUCCUUCGAUUCCACGCAAGUAUUCUAGUGGGUCAUGCUCGUCUCCUCCGAGCGCGGCGCGGCGGUUGUACAGAAACCUGUCUGGAAAGUUCCGCACGGCAAACCUGCCGACGGAAGAUCCCGCGCUCCCGGCCCAGGACAAAGAGCAUCCACACAAAACCACUAUGGCUGUGUGUGUGAAGUUUCAGGGUAAUGAAGCUCUAUUUGAAGCUGUGGAACAUCAGGAGUUGGGUGUGGUUGAAUCUCUGUUAAACACCUUCAGUCUGGAAGAGCUCGACCUCAACACACCCAACAGUGAAGGUCUGCUGCCUCUCGACAUCGCCAUCAUGACUAACAACGUCCCCAUGGCCAAACUUCUGCUGCGGGCCGGGUCCAAAGAGAGCCCCCACUUUUUAAGUCUCGAAGGCAGAGCUUCUCAUCUGGCCUCGCUGGUGCAAGAAGCGGAGCAUCGCAUAGCCGAGCUGGCCGCCCAGGUAACAGGGGAGGAGCCUGAGGAGAGGGAGGAGUCAAACAGAGAGAGACAACUCAAGCCGUGGGAAUGGAAGCUCCGCCUCUACAAGCGCAUGCAGACGGGAUACACGCAUGCCAGUCCUCCUGAGCCUCCGAGCGCCGUCCAUCUGUCCGUCAGCAGCAGCACUAGUCUCAGAGUUCAUUUUCAAGAGCCACUUUGUCACAAUUCUGCUGUUAUAACCAAAUACCGCGUGGGGUGGUGCAGCGUUCCUUCUUUUAGCCCACUGCUGGGUGAGAUGGUCAUUGAUGAUGUGACUCAACUUCAGUAUGACAUCACUGAUCUCACAACGGGCACGUGUUAUUAUGUUCAGGUGUCAGCGUACAACAUGAAGGGAUGGAGUUUACCUCAACUAUCUGAACCUGCUUGUGCGACUCCUUCAAGUUGGAGAGAGGUGGACGGGCUCUUGCCCCGUCAGCAGGGUCUUAAAGAGGCUUUGGAGCAGCUCCUGGGCCAAAUUAAAGGGACACAUCGGCACUGCGCGUGCCACGAGCCGAGCAAAGCCGCGUCAAACAUCAGGAAACAUUCAGUGUCUAAAAGCCUGAGGCAUCUUUUCCAGCCCACCAGCAAAUUUGUCAAAAAUCUGAAAAGGGGUCUCUAUCUGGCCUGCAUUUUCUACAAAGAUGAGAAUGUUCUGGUGACUCCAGAGGACCAGCUGCCUGUGGUGGAGGUGGAUGAUUCUUACAGUUGCCAUGCGCAGGACUUCCUCUGGUUCACAAAGGUGUCGCACCUGUGGGAGGAGCUCACCUGGAUUCAACAGUGCAUCAGUCCUGCACACGCCUCCAGCUCCUGCACGCUUCAGACUCGACUCAAAAUGCUUCAGGCUGCCGCGCAGCUCCAGGCGCUCCUCGGGACGGUAGAUCUGGGGCAGGUCUAUUUCGAGCCCAUCAAAGACAAGCACGGUAACGCGGUGCUGGUGCUGAUGAGAGACGUGGGCGCGUGUGUACCGCUGGAAGGCGUGCGAUGGAUUCCCCUCAGUAAAUUCCAGCUGCAGCGCAGGUCUUCCUCUUCGGAUGAGGCCACGGCUCUGGAGACGCUGCUGACCACACUGCACGAGAAACUGUCGUAUCACAGACGCAGUAGGAAGUGUCUGAGUCCGGGUCUGUAUCUGGGUUAUCUGAAGCUCUACACAUCAGUGGAUCAGAUCCGAGUGCUCGUGUCACACAAACACCCAAACGUCCUCUGUCACGGCAAAAUACGAGACAACGGUCACGUCUCCAGGGAGGAGUGGGAGUGGCUUCAGUCGCUGAAUGCGCUGGAGGGGAGCACGCAGGUGUGCGACGACGUCCAGAGCGCUCCUCAUCGCCUCCUGCUGGAGCUCAGAACUGCUGCCAAAGAUCUGCUCAGCUCCAUUAAUAUUCACAACGACCAGGCACAAGAUUUCCGGGUGUAUGUGAAAGAGGUGGUGGAGUUAGGGGAGGGUGUGUCCUUCCUGUUGCUCCUCCCACCGUGUGAGGAGGUGUGCUCUCCUCCGGGACAGAACCAUCUGUGCUCGCUGCGGUCCAGCUUCUUCACUCUGCCGCUGCAGAUCUUUGAGCUCGUUCACUUCGAGGCAUACUCUCCCAGUUUCAUCGCUCUGUAUUGUCGCGUGUCGGCUUUGCUGGGUCUGGAGUCCCUGAUGUCCCAGCAGUCUUUGCGAGAGGCGUUCUCAGAGACGGAGCUGCUCGCUGCCAAACAGAAACAUCAGCAGGUUGAGGAGUAUGUGCAGCAUCUGGAGGAUUUGUGGCGUGACGCCCGCUGGAUGGCCGUCCUACAGUCGGCACGAUAUAAGCAUCAGAACUCGGGUGCGAGUCUCGGCUGGAUUAUAGACUUCUCCAAAGAGUCCAUUCCAGAAAAACCACCUUCCACCUCCUCUCAGCCGUCGUACCUGCCAUCACCGGCCCCUUCACCUGAUAUCACACGCAAACACAACGAUUCUCACGGUCUGUCUGAUGAAGAUACAUCCGAGGUGUUCCUCGCUGCUGACAUGGACUUUAACUCCAGCGUUCCCACAAGCACCAGAGAACUGGAUCUGCUCCCCCCCUCCCCGACCAGCUUCCGCUCCGUGUCGUCCGCGCACCCUCCCACAUCGCCGCGCUCCUCUCUGAGUCAGCCGGACGUGCUCUGGACCGGCGUGAGCAAAUGGGAACAUCUGCCCAUGAACUCGUUCGACAGCGACUUCAUCCUUCCCAGCCGUCAGAUCGAGCUGCUGAGGGUCACGGAGAAGAGAACGGCGCUGUGCGUCCGCACCAGCAGCUUGGAAUAUCCGCCUUCUGUCUCCACGGCAACCUCGCCUCCCAGUUCCACAUCACAGAAACGCUGGACACGCCCUUCCUCCUUUGACCUGUGCUUCUCCCAUGAGCCCUGCCCCGUGCCCGUGCGCACCCUGUCAGAGGACAGUGGGGUACAGCGACUCUCCGCUCCCUCGGCCGGGUCUCCUCUCAGGCUGUGUCACACCACUCUGAGAGUUUACCCACAAUACCGCACCGGCUUACCUAAAGACACCAGCGUGAAAUUGCGUGUGACUACAGAGACAUCGGCUAAAGAGAUGGUUGGAUUAGUGGUGCAGGAGAUCAACACCGUCUGCCGUCACCUGCAGAACGCCGCCCAUCAGUGCACCUGCGCGGGCGAGCCGUGCGGCUUUCCGGCCUGCGUGUCCGAGGUGUGUGUGUACAGAGCAGAACAGCUGGAACACUUUGGUCUGGUUCUGCUGGUGGAGGGGAGGGAGAAAUGGCUGCAGGAUGAUUUUUGUCCGCUGUCGCUGCAGAACCCGUGGACGCGCGGGAAACUCUGCGUGCGUUUCAAAGAGUACUCGCCGCUGGCGCUGCAGUUCAGCAGAGCUACACCCGUGUGAAGCGCAAAACUCUCUCCUUUCACAUGUGCAUAGACUACUGUUAUUCAUUUCAUUUCAAUCACUUCACGAAAAGAUGUGUGAUGGGUCUACUGGAACGGAUGUACUGGAUUUAUCUUCCAGCUGCACUACACUGGCUCUUAUUCUUCAGCUUAGUGACGUAAGACGCUCCGCUAGGACAGUGGCACGCUAACACAGCGAGAGAUUCACUCUUAAGCGUUCACUGGUAAGUCAACAUGAAAUCAAAACCACCCUGUUUACUUAAUGCACGUUCUCUUAACUGUACUCAAAUCCUCCAUGCAUGUUUAGAGCUUUUCUGCUGAUGUCACCCAGCCCCACCCCUUCAAAAACAUUGUUGAAGUAAAAGGGUUUCGAACACGGUUUCAUGUUGACUUACAGAACCGAUGUCACGUUCUCGGUCUAAAACGCUCACAUUCUUAGUAAUGUGAAUUCAAGUUAUUCAACGUAAUUGUACGUUUAUUUGUGUACAUUCAGCAGUGACUACAACUCUUCCUUUAGUAUUCAGAAGUGAAAUGUUUACAGACUGCUUUUGGUGGUUUGAUAUCACCAAAGAAAUGUCUUGAUUUGUGGUCGACACUGUCAUCUAAAUUCUCCUCCCUCAGGAUUGUUGCACCCGUCUGCCGGCCAAGAGAGCUUGUCCAAAAUCUCAAAUUGUAUCGGGAUGCUCACUCACAGUGACGUGAGACUGUUCUUGCGUUGACGUUGUAAGCGAUCACAUCCUACAUGAUAUACAGCUGUACACCCGCUGGCAUACUUCUGCGCCACGAGCGAAAUACGCAGAAAUACAAACCUGUCCUACAUUUCUGACGCAACUGAUGCACUUGAGAAAGUUUCUACACUGGAGAUCCGUGAUAAAACAGAAGCUAAAUCCAAAUGUGAAGUGUUUUGGAAGAUGCUCUGUUGGGCUUGGACCACCGAUGCAUCGCCUCACACGCUGCCUCUUUCUAUUGACUCGUGUUCCCGCUGGUUUGUUUGAAGACCGUUUCAUCUGGUGACCGUGCUGUGGAGUUUAUUAUUGAUAUCGUGUUUUACUGUCUGUACUUCAUGACUGAGCAACACGUCUUCAGAACUGUUCGCUGCAAUAAUAUUUGACACUGUAGCUCGGAUACGGAUUUCUCUUCCAAACACACCUGGACUAAAGACAUGGACAUGGAUUCAUGGACAUGUACAAAUACACACUGAUACACAACCAGUGUUGUGUACUUGCAGAAGAUGUGUGAACAUGUGUGUGCAUGUUUCACACAUGAGCUCAUAGUCGUAUGGUUGUCUGUUUGAUGAAACCAUAGUUUUGAGCAGCAGCUGCUGUGUGCGUGCGCGCGUGUUUGUGUUGUGUGUGCGCGUUUGUGCACACGUGUAUGUGUUUGUGUGUGUGUGCAAGUGCGUGUGAUAGUUGUUUACUACGUGCAUCAUUGUGAGCAUCUUAUUACCCGCUGCGGUCUGAUUCAGAUUCUUCUUUCUGCAGUGAAAUGCAUCUCAUUGAUCCUGAAAUGUUUUCUUGGUGCGAGUCGAGCAAAUGCUGGAACUGAUGACAAAACUGCAGGUAUUCAACAGCAUCACCAAUAUGUAACAAAACUUUAAUAUAACUACAAAAAAGCAUGAUCCCCCCGAAUCCUUGAGAAUGGAAUGACAAUCCAGUUUCCAAAAAAGAAUGUAUAUACGUACAUUGCAGCUUAAUAUAUAUAUUCUAUGUGCAGUACUGCACAUUUCGGCAAAUAAUUCCAGAGAUGCAUUUCAGAUAACCUUACAAACACCCAAAACUCUUUUGAAUACGAAAUGAAAUGCUUUUGUGAUGAAGUACAGUUUUCUAUUGCAAAACUCAAUUAAGCCACUUGUGAAUGCAUUAGAUAGCAAAUGAUCAUAUUCACAGCCUCUGAAUGAACUUUUGACUUCAUCGUGGAUGUAUGAAGUCGGUUUCCCGUCAGGUCCUCACAGGUCGCAUUAACUAUGAACGUGUUCUACUAACAUUUGACAAACACUGUGUGUUGUAAUUUUGUCCCCAUUUUGAACCGUAUACAUAUAGCGGGUUCACACAUAAACCCAUGUUUUGUUUGUGAAAUUUGCUUGAAAAGUGUGCUUGUGCUGUCUUUUUAAAUAAACGCCACUUGUUUUUGUUUUCUAAUUCAUGGACGUUUUUGACUCGAGUGUCCAGAUAACGCUCAGGGCCGUUGCACUGUAAUGUGAUUUUAUAUAUACAGCCACGGAAGAAAUAAGAGACCAUUUCAAAUGUUCAUGUAAUCUGCCUUUCUAGAUGUAUUGUGGUCAUUCCAAUCCAGUGUGUGUUGAACUUCAACAAAAUCAAACCUCAGGAGUGACAUAAAGUCAUGCAGGAGCAAUGUGAAAGACCGACAGCAUGACAAGACGCAUGAAACAGGGAUAGGAAUCCAGGUUUUCACGAAU